AUGGAGAACUGGAACCAAAAAAUGGAGUCCGAAAAACCACUAAUGCCUUCUACCAGCCGCGAUAUCCCAGUACAGCCAUCUAGUCGCAAACUCAGACUACUCGAGAAAACGCGUCGCCUUGUUCUAUUUUCUGGAAUAGCAGCGUUCGGUACAUGGGCUGUUGUAGGGUAUUCUACAAGCUGGACAGGACCAGCUCCUCACAGAAAUUGUCACUUUGAGGCAGAAAAGGGCAAAGAUUUCAAAUGGGAAGAUGUUACUCCAACUUCACACCUAGAAUACCACCCGUGUUGGGACGGUUUCGAGUGCGCAAGACUCGAAGUUCCGCUCGACUGGGAGAACCCCGAUAAUGGGUUGAAGGCAGCAGUUGCGAUCGUAAAAGUGCCUGCAAAGGUGGAUGAAAGAAGCGAGGAGUGGGGAGGUCCAGUGUUGAUUAAUCCUGGCGGUCCUGGUGGCUCUGGCACAAACUUUGCAAUUAGCCGUGGAAAGGAGCUCCAGACUAUCCUUGGUCCUCAAUUUUCUAUUGUUGGCUUUGACCCUCGCGGAAUCAACAACACUACUCCGUCUAUGUCCUGCUUCAACACCCAUAUGGAGCAGUCAAUCUGGGGGAUCAAGUCCGGUGGAAGAAUCCUUGGGUCCACCGACUCGGGUGAGGAGGUCGGUGAGGCAUACGCACGAAGCAUGACAAUUGGAGCCAUGUGUAACAUUACCAUGGGGGGAGAGGGGCUUGCAGGUGUAGGGAAAUAUGUGGGGACGCCGGUGGUAGCAAGGGACAUGUUGGAGAUUACUGAGGGGGAGUGGGAUAGAGUUGGAAAAGAUGGAAGUAAGAAAGGACUCAGGUAUUGGGGCUUCAGCUAUGGAAGUGUUCUAGGGACUACUUUCGCUAGUAUGUUUCCGGACAGGAUUGAGAGGUUGGCUGUUGAUGGUAUCUGCGAUGUAGAAGACUACUACAAAUCCGGGUGGAUGACCAACUUGCAAGACGCAGAAAAGGUUGUCUCAUCCUUCUACAACUAUUGCUCCCUUGCUGGCCCACUUCGCUGUAGCUUCCACACCGGCACCACUGCCGAUGAUGUGUCCACCCGUCUCUCCACGCUCAUGGCCCGACUUCGGCGUCAGCCUCUCCCAGUCCCCGAUGCUCCCACAGGCGCCGAGGUUGUCACAUACUCUGAUGUCAAAACGAUGUUCUUCACCGCUCUCUAUAAGCCCCUCACUAGCUUCCCAAAAAUCGCCAAAAUCCUAGUCGAUAUCGAGGCAGGUGAUGGGAAGAGCUUCAUCGAGUACCAAAAGAAGCAAUUCUCAUGCAACUGUGGCGGUGGUGGACCUGAGCGUCCACCAGGGCCAGAUUUCGAUGCGAUUUGGGCGAUUGCGUGCAGCGAUGGCGAACAAGUUGAGGAUUCGCUGGAUGAGAUGUAUGAGUACCUGCACAUGCUGCAGGAACAGAGUCCGACAUCAGGUGGCAGUUGGGCUGUCGUUAGGAUGGGAUGUGCAGGGUGGAAAAUAAGGCCACAGGGAUUGGUUUACAACGGCCCGAUCAGUGGAAACACUAGCUGGCCGUUGCUAUUUUUGGGCAACUCUGCGGAUCCGGUGACACCAGUGCGGAAUGCACACAAAAUGGCGAAGGGGUUUGAAGGAUCUGUUGUAUUGGAGCAGAACUCAGAAGGGCAUUGCUCAAUUUCAACGCCCUCCGUCUGUAGUAUGAAAUAUAUCCGUGACUACUUUGUUGAUGGAAAGCUUCCACCAAAAGAUACGGUCUGCGAGGCUGAUGUCAGGCCCUUCUUUGACGGUGAAAAGGCUAUUAGGGCCAUGUCGGAGGAGGAUCGCAUUCUUUUCGACGCAGUCUCUGAGCUUGGGAAGGGAUUGGUUACCCCCAAUUUCAUGAUUUAA